AUGGCCAUCAAGAACCCUCUCACCAAGGCUAUCUUUGCCGAGUUCAUCGCAACUGCCCUCUUUGUUUGGAUCGGUUGCGGAUCCGCUAUUGCCACAAACAAAUGGGGUGCCGUCUCUUCUGGAGCUGAUUUGCUGACCAUUGCCAUUGCCUUUGGAUUCGCCAUCACCCUGCUGGCCUACUCUAUCGGCGGUGUGUCUGGUGGCCAUAUAAAUCCGGCCGUAAGCUUCGCUGUGUUCAUCGUGGGUGGAAUCGAUUUCAAGACCAUGGCAUGUUACAUCCUGGCUCAAUUUGGAGGUGCCGUCACUGGUGCUUUGCUUCUCUGGGGCUGUGCCAUCUCUCUUACUCUAGCUUGCGACGAUUAUGAGGACCCCAGCAGCGUUCCUGUCUGUGCUGCCAGUGCCUUGCCCGAUGGGCGAGAUGGUUACGGUCCUCCUUUCGGACUCGGGGUCAAUAGCUUGUCACCACGUGUUGGACUAGGAUCCGGCUUUAUGAUCGAAGUGAUGGGCACUUAUUUGCUCGUGUUUACGGUCUGCAUGAGUGCCAUCCACAAGAAAUCUGCUGCGGGCAAUGCCGCACCCAUUGCCAUUGGUUGGUCUGUCAUGAUGGCACACAUUGUCCUGGUUCCUUUCACUGGAUGUGGAAUCAAUCCUGCCAGAAGCUUUGGACCCAUGUUCAUCAACUCCAUUGGUGGAGUCAACCCGUGGACAAAAGGAUGGUGGAUCUAUUAUGUGGCACCCUUUGUAGGUGCUGCUAUCGCCGCCAUGACCUACAAGAUCAUCUUCGCCGAAGAAGAGGAAGAACAAGUCAAAGAAGGUGGAAGUCUAGCCACAGAAGCCGAGCAUGAAAGAAAGCCAAGUGUUGACGAUAUUGAAGUUGGCAAGGAAAGUCUUGCCGCCAAUAUCUACAAAAACGCGUUUGCCGAAGAUGAGGAAGAGGACCUCUAG